UUAUUCGUGGUGGUCAGUACGUUAACAGCCGUGGUGGUGGUUGAUCGUUUAUUUAAUUUUGCGUGCCAUGCCUACCAUCGCGUAAACACAGCGUCACAGCGUCACAAACGCAAUUCUCUCUCUCUCAACCUGGAUACAACGCGGCGUCGCAUCUCGCUUCGUAGUGCGCUUUCACGUUCGGAUAUGCCGUGCGCGUGAAGUCGGCGAGAAGAUUAAAAUGUCGCAGGCUGACCGAGAUCUGCUGACAAACAGGUGAAGAUGGAAGAUGAUGCUGACCUAAGGGAACAAUUGUUUCACAACACCGUGCGAGAGAGUAUCAUAUUUUUGCUGCUCUCCCUGCUACUGUACAUCACGAGUCACACGCUGAUCGAACGUUUCAGACGUCGCGAUCGCGAAGACUAUCUCUCAGUGGACGAGGAUGAAGCUACUGUGUACAAAAUCAGCCACAGUUUGUGCACGGUCGCACUGGCGGUGUCUAUCGGUGCUACACUCCUUCUUCCGGUGUCGAUCGCCAGCAAUGAGGUGCUCAUCCUCUAUCCAAACAGCUACUACGUUAAGUGGCUCAACAGCUCUCUCAUCCAAGGUCUAUGGAACCUUGUAUUCUUGUUUUCCAAUGUAUCACUCUUCGUGUUUCUACCUUUCGCCUACCUUUUCACAGAGUCGGAGGGUUUCAUGGGCCAUAAAAGGGGCGUGAUGGCGAGGGUGUACGAGACACUGACUGUUCUUUUUCUGCUGGGCACUCUCGUAUUGGGAAUGACGUACGUGCUGUCUGCCCUGCUAGAUCAUCAAAACUCAAGUUUGCACACAUUGCUCAAUUUAUGGAGUUACUAUUUGCCUUUCUUGUACUCCUGCGUCUCGUUCGUUGGCGUUGUGAUGUUGUUAUUAUGUACUCCUGUGGGAUUUGUGCGACUAUUUGGUGUCGUGGGAUCCUUUCUGGUUAAGCCUCAAUUUCUAAAGAAUUUGGACGAGGAGUUCUAUGCUUACAGAUUGGAGGAAGAUUGCAUCCGCCGACGAUUGCAGCAUGUAAAAGCGACGGGUAAGUCGUACGUGUCACCGGUGCCGAUGUCUCUACCAGGUUGUAGCUCAUUAAUGGAGGAAGAUGAGCCGUUGCUGAGCGUGAAUCCAAGUCUGAUGUGCCUCAGAAAUGGUGCUUUACAAAAAGGCCUUGCCGAGAGGCUAGAAGACAUUCAGAGACAGCGACAGCUGUUGGAUCGACAGAGGAGCACGUGGUGGGUCAGGCGUACGCUGUUCUAUCCGCUGGCGAUGUUGACUCUGCUUGUCUUGUCCACCGCCACCGCUCUGUUAGCAGUACAGAAUACACUGGAGCUGCUGAUAGGCAUCAAAGCACUGCCUUUAAGCACUAGACAAUUUACACUCGGGAUCAGUUCAUUGUCAAAGCUUGGGCCCAUCGGAGCGACGAUUGAAGUGGCAGUAAUCUUGUAUUUGGCCGUGACCAGUGCGAUCGGUCUAUAUGCGCUGCCAGGCGUGAGGAGAGUUCAACCAAAGUUGCAUUCAACGCAGCUCACUCAUCUCAUCGCGAAUUGUGCCCUCCUGCUCGUACUCAGCUCAGCAUUACCAUUGUUAUCACGAAUAUUAGGAAUGACAAAUUUCGAUCUACUUGGUGAUUUUGGACGCAUUGAGUGGCUAGGUAACUUCAAGCUUGUGUUUCUCUACAAUCUGAUCUUCGCAACAGCGGCAAUCGGCUGCCUGGCCACCAAGUUUAGCGCAACCGUGCGCAAGGAGAUCUACGUCCGCUUGAAGAGUAGCCUGUUAGGCAUCUUCAAGACAGACGCGAAGAAAGGCUUGUCAGGGAUGUUUUCUACAAAGGAAGAUUAGACUGAUUUAGAUUGUAAUUAUAAGCAGAGAGAAAUGAGACGCCGGGACCUUGCGAAAGUUUUCCUGGUUUUUGAAAGAUACUUGUAGAAAAUUACAAGAUAUUUCUUAAUUCGAGUCAGAAAGCUCUUGUUGUAUCUAGAAUAGUAAUCAUAAGCAACUUCGAAUCGUGGAUCAUCGGAUGCUCAGUCUUUCAUUUUGCUUGAUAAUUUCUUGAAUAAUAUUUAUCAUUUCUGGAAAUAUAUUUGUAAGAAAAUUCUUUGUCCGCGCGCGCGAAUUCUUUAAUGAGAUAAUUAUGACAUCAGGAAUGCUGAUUGACUUACAGAUUCAGUUCUUGAAUCAUAUUACGUCUCGAAACUAGUUUCAGCUAUAUCUAUAGGUAGAAAUACAAUUAUGUAUCAGUCUUGGUCGGUUAAAUUCUCAUAUGAUUAAAUCGUUUAAACUGUUGGAUAUUCCCACAUUGAUUUGUAUUUGGUCAUAUAAAUCUAAUUUUUUUUUUGAAUUUUGAAAUUCAGAAUCUUGCGACUAAGAAGCUUCAUCAGAUUUACGAUUUAUUAUGUCUGCGAAUCCCUUUUUUUUUUAAAUUUGGACUCCCAUACAUUUAAAUUCGGAAGUCCAAGAAGUUAUUAUUACACUCGACAGCCAACGAAACUUUCGUAAGAGCCUAAAGUUUAUCGUUAAAAACGAUUGAGCGAAUGUUAUAGUAAU